AACAUAUUUCCUUGGUCUCAGCAUUUUUCUGUUUCUCAGAGUGAGUACAUUGGAGAACGGGAUAAGAGGCUAGCUUGGAUGACCGGCUUUACGGGAUCAUCAGGGACUGGGGUGAUCACACUGCAGAAAGCGGUCCUCUUCACAGACAGCCGGUACUGGAUUCAAGCUGAGCGCCAGAUGGAUUGUAACUGGGAACUGCAGAAGUUAGUUUGGAUUUCUUCUAUCGGGCAGUGGAUCCUUGAUGAAGUUCCCUUUGGAGGAAGCAUUGGCUUGGACCCCUUCCUCUUCUCCAUUGAUGAUUGGGGCAGCUACCAGCAGGUCUUGGUCAGUUCGAACCGAACCCUCGUUCCCAUUGAUGACAACCUAGUGGACCUUGUUUGGGGUUCACAGAGGCCUCUUCCAUCUACCAGCAUGAUCUACCCCCUCCCAGACAACUUCACUGGGAGCACCUGGCAGGCAAAAGUUUCCCAAAUCCGGACCCAGAUGGAGGAUCACGCGAAAAAGCCCACCGCGGUGUUGCUCUCCAAUCUUGAGGAAACCGCCUGGCUUUUCAACCUUCGAGGAGACGACAUUCCAUACACGCCUGUCUUCUACGCUUACACACUUCUCACCAAGACGACCAUCAGCUUGUUUGUGAAUCAGAGUCGUCUGACCGAGGCGGCCUCUCGGUCUCUCGUUGCUGGGUGCCCAGGACAGCUGUGCGUGAGUACGGAGGAGUAUGAGCAAGUGAGCGCCAGCCUGAGGAGGUACGCCCAACAGGACGGCGUCCGUAUCUGGAUUGGGACCGAGUACACCACCCUGGGGCUCUACAAAGAAAUCCCUUCGGAAAAGCUUCUCACAGAGGAUUACUCUCCUGUCAUGAUCACCAAGGCCGUCAAGAACCUCAAGGAGCAGCAGAUGAUGCGGGCUGCCCACGUACGAGAUGCUGUUGCCGUGAUCCGCUACCUGGUCUGGCUGGAGAAGGAGGUUGGAAACGGCUCCGUCAAUGAGCUGUCUGGUGCACGUUACGUGGAUCAAUUACGUGGGGAAGAACUGUACUGCCGUGGCCCCAGCUUUGAAACCAUCUCUGCCAGUGGUCUGAAUGCAGCUCUGGCCCAUUACAGCCCAUCGAGCACUACCAGCCGAACCCUGACAGCAGAUGAAAUGUACUUGGUGGACUCUGGAGGCCAAUAUUUGUACGAAGCCUACACACGUGUGUUGAUGGGCAACAUCGACCUCUUCAGACUUGUCUUUCCAUCCAGGACAUCAGCCACUUGUGGUGUGCUUCUUCGGGUGUACCAAGGAUCCUGUAUGCCCGGUCGAAGCGACCAAGGGGUCUGGAUUCUUAGGUUCAGGUCUUGCAGAACAGCUCCUUUGGCAAUCCACACCUCUUGUGCUGGUUCUGGCAACAGCGAUAACUUAAUUCUCUCCCUUCUAGGGCCAGUGGGCUUCCAGUCGAACAACAUCCCCUUGGAAAAGGGCAUGUUUACUUCCAUUGAGCCUGGGUAUUACAAGGACGGUGAAUUUGGGAUCCGCUUGGAGGAUAUUGCAUUGGUGGUAGAAGCACAGACCAAGUACCAGGCGGCCGGAGAGCCCUACCUGACUUUCGAGGUGGUGUCCCUGGUGCCCUACGCCCGGAAUCUCAUCAACGUCAGCCUCCUGUCCCAGAAGCAGAUCCAGUACAUCGACAACUACCACAAGUUGAUCCGCCAGCACAUCGGACCCGAACUACAAAGACGCCACCUGCAGGAGGAGUACCAGUGGCUCCAGCGGAACACGCAGCCCCUUUCCUGCGCAUCCUUGCUGGCCGCCUCCCUGAGUACGCUAGCAGUGGGCACCCUGGCCUCUACCCUCCUGCCUGGGACGCAGAAUUGAGGCAGAGACACAGGGCCACCUCAGUGCCCUUAUUCCUGGCACUUAUGCCUACCUCUCCUUGCUGAUUCCUCAGGAUUGUGUGUUUGGAGUUUUGUCUUGUUUUUCACUUGUAUCCUUCACCUGGGGUGGGCAGAAUAUGGGUCUGCGGGCCAUACGUAGCCCCUGGCACAUUUCGAAGCUUCUCCAAAGCUCCAAGUGACCACCCUGAGCUGUUUCGCUCCAUAUGUUGAUAUUUUCCCCCCCCCAUCAUUUCUGGACCCUGCCGUGUCCUGGAGCAGGUGUCGGUGGUAGAAGCUUGACCUUUAGACCCAGACAGGUUGCCUGCUCUGCUCUAAAGAUAGGAAACAAGCAAAGAGACCAUGCUUCAAAUACCCAAGGGACGUUUCAAAUUUAAUCCAACCCAUCUUGAGGCCUUCCCCCAGGAAAAUAAAAAGCAUGCAUAUAUCUCUUAUACAGUAAAUUUCAAACAAAUGUCUUCCAGUCUUUCACAAACAGCAAACUUCAACCAGGUUUACUAGCCCUUUGCCUGUGGUUUAUGAGAUGUUUUCAGACUUUUAAUUCCCUGAGGAAGGCCUCGGUUGGGCUGAAACUAGAGAUGGUCUUUGUGCGUUUCUGGACGAUCGUUCCCCAAAUACCCCAAAGGUGGCAUUCUUGGGGCUCUGGUCCAAAAUCUUAAUACUGUAUAUCCAAGUUCUGACAAGGAUCCCUUUCACUUUGUUAUUAUUUUCCUACACAAUAGUUGUAGGAUGAGAAGGCAUUUCAGCAGGAGAAGCUAGAGGAGCCUUGCCUCAGUUUCCCUUCCUUUCUGUCUCACUGCUACUACCAGCUGACUGAGUACCAAGGAACCAGCAUUGUGGGCUCACAGGUUGUGUUCACUUAGUGCUUCUUCAGGAGGUGUGUAAAAAAUCCACACUGCUAAGCUGCUGAACUGGCAGCCAUAGCGGCUCAUCCUUUCUUGCACCAAAUCUAAACCCAGCUGGCUGUAUAGCUCAGUGAUUUAGGCAUCCUGCUGCGGACCCAGAAGCUGGGAGUUCAGUUCCCCACGGUGCA